GGCACAGACAGCUGACAUCUCAAAUUGGUUGCCCAGCCAUGCUCUCUCGUGCUGCCCGUGGUGUCACCACCUUCGCCUACGACCUGCAUAGAUCAGUUCCGGCUGAUCGAUGGUGUGUCACGCAUCGAGAUUUGAUUUUCCUGUGCCAAGAGGUCUGCUCUGCCCUUCGCUGUGGCCAGAUUCUGCCUGGGCCGGAGGAUGAUGCGUCAGAGGCCUAUGGGCCCAGCAUCUACACGGUGAAUGAGCAGUAUAUCAAGCCAGUGACGCAACAGGCGGGUAAGAUGAGUUGGGCAUUGAUGCGACAUCCAGAUGGCUUGGACUGCGAGCUGUUCAUCAGCCAUGCUUGGCAGGAAGGUGUCUUCGAGUUUCUGGCCAAAGUGAGGCACAGUUGGCCAAGGAGUAUGCAAACUGCUUGGUGCUGCAUGCUGGCUAACCCGCAGAACUUAGACAUCUCAUCCUUUCCGCAGUCACCCAAGACUUCGCCCUUUGCAGUUGCAUUGGAGGCUUCCAAACUGAUGCUGGUGGUACCGAACCGACACCAGAGUGUGUACACAAGGCUCUGGUGCUCUUAUGAAGCUUAUCUUGCUCAAGAAGAUGGCAAGACGAUUCUCAUUGCGAAUUCCUCCAACUUUUCUCAGAUAUUGGGUGCUUUGGUGUGGCUGGCUUUAGCUGCUAUCUUUGGCAUCGCUCUUGGUAUUUUGGCCACGAUUCUGGAAGCCAGCCGCACUUUUGCAGUUCCGGCGCUCACCAUUGUGGUGUGCGGCUUCAGCCUCGUGAUAUCCAAUGACUUGUUGCGAAGGGUUUCGCAUUUUGUUGGUGUGAUGCUGUGCUGGACCUGUGUGAUGUACAAUUUUGGUGGUGUUUUCGGUGAGUUUAAAGAAGAAUUCUAUAAGGACGAAGGCAUCCCUCGCUCUGUGAUUCGCCUGGUGCAUCGGUUCUACUGGCUGCUGACUUCGGUGGCUUUCUGCGUCAUGGAGGUGGACCGCAUCAAUGGAAGAUCCACGGUCUCGGAAGCAGAAGAGCUUCGACAGGGGUAUGAAGGGUCCAUUCUGCAUGCCAAAUGUUCAGAAGCAGCAGAUGCUGUUAGCAUUCGCAGAGAAAUCGGUGACAAGGUGGAUGAAGUGGACCAUGCUAUUCAUGUCCUGAUGGCGGCUGGAAUGUCAUCACCAGCACUCAGGGACAUAGCUCGUUCAGUUGAUAUCGAACAUGCCGCAUUUCCAGAAAUCAUAGGAGCACUUUUCUUGCUCGGCCCUUUUGCCACCGACUCCCUUUCUCUGACUGUAGUUUGUCUCUUCUAUUACGGAGAUGUUUGGUACCGGGAUGCUCUCAUAAGCGUGUCCGUCCUUUUGCGGCUCAUUCUAUUUGUUUGGCUUUGUCAAAGCGACUGGGAUGAGCAACGCUUCAUUCUGAAGGUCAUGACCAAAAUUCAUUUUAUGACAAUGCUUUGUUGGAUAUGUUUAGUGGCCUCCUUUUUUUCUUUUGACCUAAGUGUCAUGGCUGUAUCGAAUCUUUGGCUGCUCUUUGGAGACUCUUGCUUGCUGGCCAUGCUCUUGUUUGCGCUCCUGGGGAUUAGAGGAACUGCCAAACUUCCAUUUGGCUUCAAGAUCCUACAAUUUGUCUUCAGCAGGGGCAGCAUCAGCAACACAUGGAGUGCAUUGAUCCUAUGCGUCCGACGCAAGCACGCGGCAGCUGACAAUUCCACUUCUGGCGACGAGUCUUCCGACGCAAAUUCUGAUUCCGGAAGUGGCUCAUGA